CCUACGUGGGUAUUUUGGUCAUUCAGUCGUUGUCCAGUGCCUUUUUCUUUUGUGUGCUCUGUGUAUCUGUGGUCUUGUUGGUUCUCUGCGGCCAUUCAUUCGCUGUUAUCAGGUGGUCAGGUGCUCUGCGUGCUUCUGCUCGAAGCAUAUACACACACACACACACACACACACAUACAUACAUACAUACAUACAUACUGUGCUCAAAAUCAAACCCCAAAAAAACCCACAAAAAAAAAUAAGGGUCUGUGACCUUACAUGGUCUUCUCUCUUGGUCGGCCAUGGUGGUGAUGGAGUUCAAAACCCUAGCAAUCAGAGCUCAAAAGCAGCAGCAGCUCUCCAUGUUGAGCCUCAGGGGAUUGUCACAUCCAAUCAAAGCACUCCAUGUUCUUAUGGUUUUAGCAUGUACUCUUUUCUACCUCGCUACAUGUGGACAAUGCUCUGGGAAUGGGAUGCAAAUAUUAUCAGAAUAUGAUGCUUGUGGAUCAUAUGGAGAUAAUUUUGAUGUGGCUUUUGCGGAUAAUUUUCUUGGUGACAGCACUUUGGGCUGUGGAAUUCCAAGAAACCCCUUCAAUAUUGAUAAGAUUUGUACUAGCUCUCGUUUGUUCUGCUUUCCCUCUACAUUACCGGGUUUUUUGGAGCAUAAACUCAAAGUGGCUGAUUUAGAAGUUUCUGGGAGUCAGUCUGAUGAUCUGUCAUCUAUAGGAUCAACUGAAAAUAUCAAGUUGGCAAAUAACAAAAGCUGGUCAUCAGACAAUGGUAUGUUUAAGUUAUUUAAUGGAGGGAUUGUUUCUUGUUCUUUGAACUCCAAAGCGGCUACUAAUGAGUUUUCAUCCAUUCAAACUGAUAGUGCUAAUCCAAAUGAUCUUUCUUCCUGUAGAGGACCUUUACUUUAUCAGAAAAGCACAAGUUUUAGGCCGAACAAGAACACUGAGAUGACCAAAUCUAAUUCUUUCAGUAGUUCUUCCUCUCCCCAUGUAGAAAUUAGCCCUGCUGUAUUGGAUUGGGAACAAAAGAACAUGUAUUUUCCAUCAUUAGCUUUCUUAACUGUGGCAAAUACAUGCAAUGACAGCAUUUUACAUGUUUAUGAGCCAUUCAGUACUGACAUACAGUUCUAUCCUUGCAAUUUUAGUGAGGUUUUGUUAGGACCUGGUGAAACAGCUUCAAUUUGUUUUGUAUUUUUACCUAGAUGGCUGGGCUUGUCCUCUGCUCACCUCAUUUUGCAGACAAGCUCUGGUGGUUUCUUGAUUCAGGCGAAAGGUGUUGCCGUUGAGUCUCCUUAUGGAAUUCAUCCUUUAUUAGGCCUGGAUGUUUCCUCCAGGGGAAGGUGGAGUAAGAAUUUGUCUUUGUUUAAUUCCUUUGAUCAAAAUUUUCAUGUGGAGGAAGUAAGUGCAUGGAUGUCAGUGACUCUGGGGCAUACUUCCCAUUAUGCAGAGGCAAUAUGUAGUACUGAAAAACUUCAACCUUCCAAUGAACUUCAGUUUCUGAGUGUGAAAGAUCGUUUGGUUGUGAGUACUGGUCAAGUUGGUUUGCCUCUGCUGGCCAUGAGGCCUCUCAGGAAAUGGGAGAUUGAUCCACACAGCAGUGAAACUAUCAUAGAAAUAGACAUCUCAAUGGAAUCGAAAGGAAAAAUAUUUGGUGCAAUUUGUAUGCAGUUGCUAAGGUCUUCAGAGGACAAGUCUGAUACUGUUAUGCUUCCUUUUGAGGCUGAAUUGGAUGGAACAGCAAUGGAUGAUGAUCGUGGAGGACCCAUAUUAGCAUCUCUUGAGGUUUUGGAGUAUUCUUCCAAUGAAACUGCUGUUGCUAUAUCUCUGAAGAAUUGUGCUCCUUACCUUUUGAGAGUUCUUGAGAUUACUGAGGUUGCAGAUAGUAAAACCUUCCAGAUAAAAUACAGUCAAGACUUGUUACUUUUCCCAGGCAGUGACACAUAUGUUUCUGUGGUUACUUGUACUGAAAGAAAUGUCAAAUUAUAUGGACACUGUACAUUACUUAUAUUGACAAAUGACUCAACAAGCCCACAGAUUGAAAUUCCGUGCCAGGAUGUUAUUCAUUUAUGUUCAAGACAUUGGAAAGGUUCUACCACUGAAUUUGAACAUCAGUCAGAAAGGAGUGAAUCAGGUGAUAUGAACAGAGUGUCCUUUGACAGUGGCUUGCAGUGGCCAUCACAGAGGGCAACAGAGACAGCAGAAGCAGAUGAAUUGGUGCUGCAGAACUGGAAAUCUCAAGAUACCAGAAGUGGCAUGUCUGUGCUUGAUGAUCAUGAGGUAUUCUUCCCAAUGCUUCAGGUAGGAAGUCAUUACUCUAAGUGGAUCACUGUAAAGAAUCCUAGCCAAGAGCCUGUAGUGAUGCAGCUUAUACUGAACUCUGGGGAGAUUAUUGAUCAAUGCAAGACCCCAGGUGGUCUUAUACAGCCUCCUUCAUCUGGUAGUUUGGUUCGUAAUGAAUCCACUUCUCCCAGUAGGUAUGGGUUCUCAAUAGCAGAAAAUGCACUAACAGAGGCUUAUGUUCAACCAAAUGGUAGAGCAUCUCUUGGACCAGUAUUGUUUCACCCUUCCAGUCGAUGCAAGUGGAGAAGUUCAGCCCUCAUAAGAAACAAUCUUUCUGGCGUGGAGUGGUUAUCUCUGAGGGGAUUUGGAGGAUCACUUUCCUUGCUUCUGCUUGAAAAGUCUGAGGCUGUUCAGAGUGUAGAAUUCAACCUCAGCUUACCACUUCCUCUCAACAUUUCUCCUCCAGACAUGUUAUUUCACACGGAAGAUGCCACUCAUUCUUGUUUACGCCCAUUAGCAAAACAGCUCUAUGCUAAGAAUACAGGAGACUUGCCACUGGUGGUUAGAAGAAUCAAAGUGUCCGGAAAAGAGUGCGGGAUGGAUGGGUUUAUGGUACAAACUUGCAAAGGUUUUGCUCUUGAACCUGGAGAGUCAGCAAAGCUUCUGAUAUCAUACCAGACUGAUUUUUCUGCAGCCUUGGUACAACGGGAUCUUGAGCUGGCCUUUGAAACUGGUAUUCUGGUGAUACCCAUGAAGGCAAGCAUCCCUUUGCAGAUGAUCAAUAUAUGUAAGAAAUCAGUGUUCUGGAUGCGCGCUAAAAAGUACUCUGCAGCAGUACUACUUCUUAUAUCCUUGAUGUUUCUAGUAUUUUGGUAUAUAUUCCCCCAGGUGCUGGCCUUUUUCUCCCAUGAUUGUUUGUGGGUGAGCGGAAAAAGUUCCUUGGCUACUUCUACAAGUAGUUCAGAGAAAGUUUCUCAUGUGCAUAACUAUAGAGACAGUAAUUUUUCUGUGUCUGGUGAGAUAAACAGUUUGCUAAGAUCAGUUCGGGAAGAUAGAACCUUAAUGCAGGCAGUUGACCAGGCUGGGGCCUCAGAGCGGGAAAAAUUUGCUCAACAUGCAAAGCAAAUUCUACAAGGUCAUAGACAAACAAACUAUUUGUCAGAUACACGAAAGAAUAAAGCCAUGGCCUUCUCAUUGAUGUCUGAAUCGGUAUCAGUUGAGAAUUCUGACGACCUAGAAGCAUCCCAACCCGGUAACCUCACAGUCAAAACUGGAAAUGAAAAGGGAAGAAGGCGUAAGAAGAGAAAGGGUGCUGGUUCUAAGUUGACAGGACUUCUUGAAGUUUCAAGCAGUCAAAGUGGAAAUUCUACACCUUCAUCACCAUUGUCUCCAGUCACAUCUGUAACACCAAAACACAUGUGGCCACUAUCUCCCGAUCUGGGUCAAGCUGUUGAGGCCAGGAAUCCAUUUACUCAAGUAGCUCACCAACGCUGCCAGAAGAGUCCUGUCUUUAAAUCGGCCUCCAAGGCAAACUUAUCAUCAGGGCCUGAGGUUUCUUUGAAGAAUUUCAGUAACCACCAAACUUUUCCUUCUCAAGAGCAGCCUUCACCACCAAGAAAAGCUGCUGCCAGACCUGUUUUGUUGCCGUCUGCCACCUUUCCUUGCGCUGGAAGGCCUGCUCCUAAUGCGGUCUGCACUUCCCCUUUUCCGGCUUCAACCUCGGCUAUUUCUCCACUUGCUAGAGCCCCUGGGUCCAAACUCUAUGAGCAGAAAAAUGUUAGAGAAGAACGAAAGUCUCGGUUUGGGGAUGAAUAUAGAUAUGAUAUAUGGGGUGACCAUUUUCCUAGGCUUAAGUUGACUACGACAAACAAUGUUACUUCAAUGAUCUCCAGCACUUCAGAGAGCGAGAGCGACUCUAAUAGCUUCUUUGUAAAGGGUCCGCAAACCCUCAUGACAAGGUCUCCACCAAGAUCUGUAAGUUUUUUCCAUCAAGAUGGUUAAUGAUAAAAAAGAAAAACUAAAUAAUUUAUCAUG